CCCAAGUCUGAGACCACUUUUUGUUGCCUGUAAGUGAAGAUGUAAGAACUCUCAGCUCCUUCUCUAGCACCAUGUCUACCUGCAUGCUGCCUUGCUUCCUGCCAUGAUGGCUGAUGUCAGAGUUACUUCUUCCAAAGAGAAUUGCAGCCCCCAAACUGAAGCUGCACGGCCCAAGGACACUGUAGACAAUGCUGAAAGUCUGUACCAACAAGCCCAGAUGGGAAGCUUGCCUGGGACUAUUCCAGAAAGUUCUCCACCUCCAAGUAAAAUAAAUGGGAGCAUAAAUUUAGAUGACACAGUGGCCAAUGGAAUAAUCAAUAAACCCCAACUCCUGGAAAGUCGGGAGCGACCAAAGUCAUCAGACAUCCUGGAAGAGUUAAUUGUCCAAGGAAUCAUACAGAGCCGAAGCAAAGUAUUUAGAAAUGGAGAGUCAUAUGAUGUCAUGGUGGACACUACUGAAAAGCCACUGAGAAAGCCACCGGCCAGACUGAAAAAGCUUAAGGUGAAAAAGGAGGUAAAAGAUUUCACAAUCCAAGACAUAGAAGAAAAGAUGCAGGCGGCCGAGGAACGCCGAAAGACAAAAAAUGAGGAAAUAAGAAAACGGCUACGGAGUGACCGACUUCCGCCCACCGCUAACUCUUCAGAUGCAGCUGAACCAGGAAGGGUGGAGGCUCUGUUUGCAAAAGGUCUCCCAGCUGUGAGCACCCCUGCUUUGCAGAGGUCCUACGUGCAGGAAGGAGAGCCACUAAAAAGGAAGAAGGGUGAAAGUGAUGUGGCCCCGAUGAUUAGGAACGACACCUGCGCAGGUUUGGGGAUUGUGGAGUCAGACAUGUAUUACAACCAAGAGGAUGACAUAUUCUAAUACUCCGUUUUCAAAAGGAAUCUCACAAAGUGGUCCAUUCUCUCGUGGUGGCCUUUAAAAAGUGACUGGGCUCUACAGUUGACACUUCUGCCCGGGGUGGGGGUGGGGGGGUGGGGGAUUAAGGAUGAUUGAUUGUAUGAGCAGCAAGGGAUGAAUUUUAGUUGAGUGAAUUAAAGGCUAUUCUUACCAAGGAGGGGUGGGGAGUCCCAAGGCUGGCGUUCUCCUAGAGAGUGGCUUCCAGUAUUAGGUAGAGGUCUUAGAUUCAGAAGUUCCUGCCAGCUCCCAUGAUGAUGCUCGUGCCAAACGAAAUUCUCCCCUUUCAUUUCUAACCUUGGCUGCACCCACGGAUGAAUCCUUCAUGACAAGUUGCAUAGAUGAAUGUUAUAUAUUUUAAUAAUCUGUGUGUUUCUUACGUUUUAAUUCUUCGCUGUCAAAAAAAAUAAAGCAGUAUCUUGAA